AUUUACAAUUUCAGUACAAUUACAAACGAGUCUCUCUCUUCUCUUCUCUUCUCACCGCCUCCACUCUCUCUCUCACAGCCACCUUUCAAUUGAUCAAUGGCGAUUGAUAAUCAAGAAGCUGCUGCUCGUGAAAUCAAGCCGAAGAAGAUGGUACUAAAGCUGAAUGGGCCGAAUGAGGAGAAAAAUGUGUGGCCGCCAUGGCUGAAGUCGCUGCUGAAGGAGAAUUUCUUCGUCCAAUGCGAAUUCCACGCGGAUUCUCACAAGAGCGAAUGCAAUAUGUAUUGCUUGGAUUGUAUGAAUGGCCCUCUCUGUUCCCUCUGUCUGAAUUCUCACAAGGAUCAUCGCGUGAUUCAGAUUAGGAGAUCGUCGUAUCAUGAUGUGAUCAGAGUGUCGGAGAUUCAAAUGUAUUUGGACAUCAGCUCGGUUCAGACAUACGUAAUCAACAGCGCGAAAGUUGUUUUCUUGAACGAGAGGCCUCAGCCGCGGCCGGGAAAGGGCGUCACCAACACCUGCCACGUCUGCCACCGCAGCCUCCUCGAUUCCUUCAAAUUCUGCUCUCUUGGUUGCAAGAUUGUUGGGACGACGUCGUUGAGGAAGAACAAGCAGUGGCCGGGGAAGAGGAUUAGCGCGGCCGCGGCGGUGUCGGAAUCGGAUGAGUCGAGCAGCAGCCACGGCCAGAGCUUUACGCCGUCGACGCCGCCGCCAUCCGCCGUCAAUUACCGGAAUGCGAAGCGGAGGAAGGGAAUUCCCCAUAGAGCCCCUAUGGGUGGAGUCACUAUGGAGAUGUAGUGGAAUAAUAAUGCUCUUUUAGUAUGUGAAUGGUUAAAGUUAAAACCCUCCAAAAAUAAAUAAGGUACCAAAAAAAAGAGGGGUUAUGGUUAUCUGAUUAAUCAUGAUCUAAUGCAAUUACUGAAAUAGUCUCUUGCCUGCAUUGUAAUUUGUUCAUAGAAGCAGGUUGCAUAUAGGGGGAAAUGGGAAAUAAUUAGAAGGGUAGAAUUGGAAGAGAUGCAUAUUUUGUAUACUCUAGUUUUGUUUUUGGCUUUGGUUUUAUAAUGUGGUUUUGAAGUUUCCUAUGUUUUCUACUCCUCUCUUUGUGUUUCUUGGAAGUCAUGUGCAAAAUUGUAUAUAUGCCUAUAUUGAGUUAAACUAAUGUAAUUUUGGCGUUA